AUGAAGCCCUCACGCACCCGAAACUGUUGUCUUUUGGCAUGGCUGUUCCAAGCAGCACCGGCUUUGGCACAGAGUGCCGAAGAAUGGCCAUGGCAGACUUACAAGUCCAAUGUUGCUGAACCGCCCUCUCUUAACGUAACGAAAUCAGGCCCGACAUCCCCCGGCUACCUCUUCUUCGACCAAAACGGCGGCCUUGCACACAACUACAGCCUAUUCAUCAUGUCCGACGACAACGAGCUAAUCUGGCAAAGCGUCAUCGGCGACUACAGCGCCUUCCGGACGCAGACCUUCGAGGGGAAGCCGGUGCUGACGUACUUCAACGGGAUCUCGCUGCCGGAGCCGUACGGCUGGGGCCACGGCAUCAUCCAAAUCCUCGAUGACUCCUACACGAGCAUCUACAACGUUUCGCUGACGGCCGAGGAGGAGGAUUUCGUGACGAUUGCGAGUCUGGAUCCGACGCAGCUCGUGUCGUAUCUCGAUAUGCACGAGGCUCGGAUCACGGCGCAGGACACUAUUCUCGUGACAACGUACAACGUCACCCAAUACGACCUGAGCUCCGUCGGUGGUCCGAAGGAUGGCUGGGUGGCUGACUCUUUAUUCUACGAGUUGGAUAUCAAGACCAACGAAAUUCUCUUCAAGUGGAGUGCCCUGGCCCAUGUCGACCAGAUACCUAUCGAGAAUGUUGUGGACUUUUAUCCCAUCGCGGAUUAUGGCAUGAACCAAACCAUUCCAUACGGAUAUUUCCAUAUCAACUCCAUCGACAAGUUCGAUGACGGGUCUUACGUGAUCUCCUCGAGAUAUUACUGUUCGAUUUUCAAGAUCUUGAAAGAUGGGUCUGUGGAAUGGACUUUACAGGGCCAAACUGGAGGCGAUUUCGAGCUUGACAAUCGCCUAUCCUUCUCCUACCAACACGACGCACGGAUCCGACAGGAGCUAGGAAACACCGUCCAGAUCAGCCUCUUUGACAACGCAAACUCGGAUGUCGUUUCUUAUGUAGACCAAACCAAAGGCAUGCUGAUGACUCUCAACACCGAAACUAUGAAGGCAACAGUGGACCAAGAAUACAUCGACCCGCAGGAUGCAGUCUACUCCGUGUCUCAGGGGAAUAUGCAGCAAUUGGACGAUGGGCAUAUGGUCAUGGGGUACGGCUCAAUCCCCAAAAUCAGGGAGUACACCCAUGACGGCUCUGUGGUGAUGACGGCGCAGUUUGGUCCUGCAAGCGGCGGCGUAUUCUCAUACCGUGCCUACCGUCACCCGUGGAUCGGCCGGCCCCAGACAGUUCCUGACGCUUUUGCAUGCUUGAACAAAGCUAGCAACGAGACAAGAGUGUACAUGAGCUGGAAUGGUGCCACUGAGCACAAGCUUUGGAAGGUGUUCGCGGGAGCUAGCGACUCCAGUCUCUCACUCGCGAUUCAGGUAGAGAAAACUGGGUUUGAGACCUUGGCAUGCAUACCAGGACAGGCUCCCUUCGUUCGAGUCGAGGCAGAGGGUCCCAGUAUUGACACCGGCGUAUCACUGGUCGUAUCUCCCCAAGGCGACUGCUGAUCCGAAAUGGAAAGAGAAAUUGUACCUGAAUUCAGAUAGACCAUAAAGGAAAAGGCGGUAUCUGAUAUAAUGAUAAUUACCCUGUGUAUAUUUACUAAGCAUGAGCCAUGCUAAACAGGGCAUUGUCGCGGAUCACCGAUUGACUGUGAUACACAACUACUAUGUAACUGAAUAAAGAUCGUUAUAUAUCUUCAUACUAAGGCAAUUAUAAUAUGAAAGAAGUUCGCGGUAAGUCGACUUUGGUGGUAAACGCAUGAGGUGGCUCGGCGGAUCCUUCUAUGGUGGAACUUUCCGUCAGGGGCAGUGUAGAAGCCCUUAAGAAAAGGCCAGCCUUCGAUACUACACCAAAAUGGUCUG